AUUAAAUUCAAAGGGAGUUAAGGAAGUUGAAUGAUGAUGUUGAGAGGAGAACGAUCGAUCUGAGAUCCGGGGGGGAUGGUGGCUCAGGGGUUUCAGGGGUUUAGGGAUUGGCGACCCCCGAUCGAUCGCUUGACUUGGAGACCCUCGCGAUUUCUGCGAAGGCGCGACCGAUCUGAUAGCUUGGAGGGGACAUCGAAGAAUGGAAAGGGGUACGCAAUCCUCAGCGACCGGAGAUGGGGUUGUCAUCCUCUUGGGCAAGGGGAGAAUACUCCAUGGCGAUGGGAGACAAGAUACAGAGGAGACCCCGGCUUAGAUGAUCAGGCAAGGCGGUAUCCAUUGCAGCACAGCGUGAGGAGUAGACGACCACUCCUCAGGGGCGAUGCUGUUGGACAGAGACAUCUCAGUUCUCUGUUUGGAGCUCGCAAGCCAGACUGGAGUUCUUGGCCAAAAGGGCGAACAGAUUCAUGCUCACAGGGCUAUUGCAAGUCUUCAUACCUGCAACAAAGCUCAACUAGCAGGAAGCAAACUGAUAUGAAGCAUCUGGAGGUGGAAAUUGCAGGCUGGAAUCCUUUUUCAGAGUUUGGCCUUACUAUUGAAAGCAAAAAAAAAAUCUUUUUGAUUGCUUUGACAAAUAUGUUCGUAUUUCCGAGGUCAAAUCGGGAUUUAUUUCUUCAAUUGUGUUUGAUCCGGAUAAUUUACUAUGGCUGAGAGAUUCUAUUCUUAAAAUUUACUUGAAUUAUUGGGUGAAUUCUAGAUUCGAGUUGGGCAACUUUAUAAUUCUCUUCGACUCAAAUUCUUAUGGUGGUUUUAUUUGGAUCAUUGAUAAAGGGAUAGACUCUAUUUUUGUUCCUGAAGGAAGAAAUGGAUCAGGUUUCAGGGAUUUCUUGGCAGGAUUAUUGAGAGUCGUUAAUUUGUUGAAAGGUUUUUUUAGAGCCAAUGGAAUUUGUACCGGAUUUGAUGUCGGAUCUUGAUAUGGUGGGUAAUAAUAAUGAUUUUUCGAUCUCUGGGAUUCUAUUUCCGGCGGAUAUUCAAGGUUUUUCUCCUUCUACAAUCACUAUGGAUAUGUCUUCAUCGACUGAUUUGAUUUCUUCUUGUGAUGUAUCGAGGGAACAAGCUACAUGCUCCAAGACGAACGUGAAGGAGAAUAAAUAUAUUUUUCCCAAGCGGAAGGUUGUGGGUAAGAACUCUAAGUCAGCUAUUAUUUCCUAUCAUACAAUUCAAGGUUGUGGGUAAGAACUCUCCAAGAUCUUAUCACACAAUUCAAGGCAGAUAAGAUAAGUUUAGACAAAAGGAUGAAACCUCAGACUUCACCUCAGAGUGUUGCUCUUUCUUCAUCAACGGUUUCAGUGACUUCUCCAGCUUUAGUUGAACAAAAUGAUUUAAGUGAGGUCAAUGAAGAUUGUUCUUUCAUUCCAGUUAUUUCUCGACGUAACAAGAAAAAACUAGCUAUUCAGGCUUCCUCUAUGCAAACUAGAUCACCAUUGCGCUUGAAAGCUUAAUCUUUAGCUUAGUUUGCUUUCCUUAACUUAGUUUAUUCUUUUUUGCUUUAACUUUCUUCUUUCAUUAGCGCUUGUAUUGCUUUCAAUCUUUUUAAUAAAAUUUGGUUUUUUUUUGU